AUGGAAAGAAUAAAGGAAAAUGAAAAACAUCUGAAUACUGCGGAUGAGAAGAGAAAGAAAUUCGAGAACGACACAUCUUGUAAAGAAGAAGACGAAUCGAUCGUUUGCAAAAACUAUGACCGGACCGCGAUGUUCGCAACCGAUGACAGAGAAACUACUCGGAGUACAGUGGUGCACAGAAGAAGAUUGUUUUGUUUUUGACUGCAAGCAGUUUUUGACGAGGAGCCCAAACAACAUCCAACAAAGAAAGAUGUUGUUCGAGUGACGUCGAAAAUUUAUGAUCCUAUGGGAAUUAUUACGCCACUGACUGUAAAACUGAAACUGUUUUGUCAGAGCUUACUUAAGAAAGACAUUGGAUGGGAUGAACGGUUAGAUGAAGAGUCAUCCAAUACUUGGAAAUUGUUACAACAGGAAUUAAGAGAAGCGACGCCAGUUAAAAUACCACGGUGUUAUUUCAACAGAGUUAUAUCUAAAGAUAUCACCGCAGAGUUAUAUCUAAAGAUAUCACCGCUAGUUUUACAGUCAGUGGCGUAA